AGAUGGAGGGCAGCAUCUCUCAGCGUACGGAGGUUGAGCACACGCUGCAGCCGGCGGCGCUAGCUGAGGUGACGGAGGAGCUACAUAAGGAGCAUGAGCAGCACACGACGGCUGACUCCGAGCUAGCGAAGGCCAACGCGCUCACGACCGGCCGCCAAGGAGAGUCGACGAAGCUGAAAGAACCGAUUCAACUCCCUGCAGAGCAGCGAGACAGAGCAGUUACAGAUGGUGAAGGAGCUGGAGGGAAAGCUACAGGAGCAGGUGUAUGCGCGGUCAGGGCUAGAGAGCAAGGAGCAGGACAUGCAGCGGCAGAGGGAUGCACUCAUGCUCGAGCUACAGGAACUGAAAGAAGUCAAUGGGAAGCUGUUGUCGCAGGUCCGGCGAUCGGAGGGAGAGGGACAAGAGGAUGUUGUCCAGAGUGUCAAUGGUGACCACGUCGACGACACGUUGAAACAAUUGAACAAGGUCCAAGAGUUUGAAGGAAUCGUGACAGAGAAGGACAAGCACAUUGUGAUGCUGCAGGGGGACCUCUACAACCAGCAGCUUCUCGUCAAAUCGCUCAGUGAUGACGUCGCGCAGCACACGGAGCGCAGUGGCGCCCUCUCUGACGAGCUCGAGCGCGAGAAGGCGAACGCCAGCGCCCUCUGUGAGGAAGAGAAGCGGAAGAGCGGCGCCCUCUGUGAGGAGCUGGAGCGCGAGAAGCAGAAUGCCAGCGCCCUCUGUGAGCAGUUUGAGGAAGAGAAGCGGAAGAGCGGCGCCCUCUGUGAGGAGCUGGAGCGUGAGAAGCAGAACGCCAGCGCCCUCUGUGAGCAGUUUGAGGAAGAGAAGCAGAAGAGCGGCGCCCUCUGUGAGGAGCUGGAGCGCGAGAAGCAGAAUGCCAGCGCCAUCUCUGGGGACGCGGAGCAGCAGAAGCAGGACAAUAGUGCCGUCAGUGAGCAGCUGCAGCAGCAGAUGCGCGACCACGGCGCCCUCUGUGAGCAGCUCGAGGAGGAGAAGCGAAAGAGCGGCGCCCUCUACGGGCAGCUGGAUGAGGAGAGGCAGAAGAGUGGUGCCCUCGGUGGGGAACUGGAGAACGAGAGGCGGACGUGCGGUACUCUCUGUGGGGAGCUCGAGCAGCAGAAGCAGAAGAAUAAUACGCUGCGGGAGCGCAACUGGAAGGCGAUGGAGGCGAUCACGGCGACGGAGCGGGCCGCGAGCGAGCGCGUCGCUGCCGCCGUCAAGUCCGAGAAAGAGUUGAUGGAGAAGGCACUCAGUGAGCAUCAGGAGGAGAGGGAGCAGCUUCUCGCCAGGGCCCUCUCUCAGCAGCGAGAGGACACACGCACACUUCUCUGCAGAGUUUUCCCCGACAUUUCCAUAGCCGACACAGACGAUCAGUCAAUAUUCUUGUCUGAAUUCGAGACUCAAGCGUGUGAAGCAUUGGAGAGGUUGAAAGCAGAUAGUCACGACAACCUAAAGGAGGAGGUGCUAAAACGGGAGCUUAGCAACGCGCUGGCACGAUCAGAGAAGAUAGAGGGUCGUGUUCAGCACUACAAGACUGUGCUGUCUGACACAGAGGCAAUGCUAACGGAGUUACAGUCCAGCGUGGAAGCAGAGGAGAAGAAAUGGAAGGAGAAACUGGAUUCCGUAGAAGCCGACUUGGGCCAGGAGAGGAGAGAGAAGCACCUACUUCAGGGAAAGUUGGAGGAAGUGAAAACUGCGGCUGAGGGAGUCAUUGAGCUACAGGAGAAGUUGAAGGUGCUACAGGUGAAACUUAAAGCUGAAGAGAUAGACCGUGAACAUCUCAAGGAACAGCUGAGAGAGUCGAACGCGCGGCUGUCUGAGCGGCAGACAGACUUGGAGAGCAAGACGACAGAGCUGCACGACGCUCAGCAGACACUAGGCAAGACAGACGAGCUACAGCAGGAGGUGACCGUCCUGCGGUUGAAGGUGGAUGAGGAGUUCCAGGGCAACAAGCAGCUCGCUCAGCAGGUCAUCAAGCUGACGGGCAUCGUGAAGACUGGUCAGGACGCGCUGCGACACGAGCAGGAGCACGUGCGCCGCCUGCAGGCGCAGCUGCAACAGUCGAACGGGGUCGCCAGCGCCGGAGGCGACAUUGACAGCUUGAAGCUGAAGGUGGCUGAACAGGAGAAACAGCUGGAGCAGGAGAUCAUGACAAACAAACAUCUCACAGCACAACUGGCUGGCAGCCGUAACGCGGAGUCCAUCUGAGCGGGAGCGGGCGCUGGGCCGCGAAUCGGCGUCGUCGUGUGCCGGAGUAGGAGCCGUCGCCCCCUGGUCGCCGACAUCGUCGUCAUCGUCGCUCGUGAUUGGUCAGGGACGCGGAGGCACUGUUGUCAGCGGCGGGUCCCUGUCCGUGAUUCGUCCCCGCGUCAUCGUCGUUGCCACACUACUAGCCCUAGAUGUCUCUAACCCAGGGUACUCGCGCCAAUACACGCAUGCAUGCGCGUAAUCGAUGUUAAUUAUCCAAGUAUGCAUCACUCUCUCUCUGUCUGUCUGUCUGUCUGUCUGUCUUCUAUAUCUCUCGGUUUUUAACUCAACCGUUUUACUGUUUGACUGUUUCGCAAUCGUGUUAUGAUGGAUCGUGUUUCGCCGCUGCGUAGUCUGAAGGCUUUGGGAUUGAUCCGUAACCGUGGCGACAUGAUGAGGCUGCAGACGAUCUAGGUACGGGAGUAUUCGUUAAUUCAUUGUCAGGUGUUAUUAUCAAACAAACUAACCACGGGAGCUGGCUGGCAAAAAUACAUAUAGUUUAAUGGCCUGGUGUCUAAUAUUGUUAUUUCACAGUACUUAGGAAUUCUAUUUAAGAUUUGUUAUUUUAUGUAAGACCUAAUAUUAUAGAGCGUAUUGUAAGAGUUGGGUAAUGAUGAGACGAAUUGUCUAAUCCUCGUUGCGUAGACAACUAAAUAUUGCAAGCCUUGGCAUCCGUAGCGCGUGCUGAUGGCGUAUGUUAUUCAGAAAUAGCUCUCGAUCAAUCAACGCAGCAGCCGAAUUUAAACAUGUGAAGACUAUGAAGCUAAAAUGUAAAAAUAUAAAUCUCGAUCUUAUGACCCUGUAGAGCCUAAACCACUUAGUCUGCCCUUCGCUAACCAGUACGGAAUUCUCACUACGUUUGCACUAGCGGGCCGUGUUGCAGCAUUCCUGAUUGCAUGCUGGUUCAUUCCCAUCGUUGAAAUGGAAUGGAAGCAUGUACAAAUGAUUUUUGUAUAAGUUUUUUUGGAGGGGGAAGAGUUAAAACUAACGAUGAGCGUUAAUUUCAUCGGAGUCGUACAUUCAAUUAUGUAACGUUACUUUAAUUAUGGCGGUCGCCGACCGAACCCUAACGAUACCCCGCAAUGACGAUUUUGUUUGUUCGGGUGAGAUUUGGUAAUUGACGUGUUAAUUGUACAUGUAAUUUUACGUGCGCUGCGUUCUAUUGCCGCAGCAGCAGCAGCGGCGUGCUGGGUGUUUGGUUUGGAAAGUGUGAAAAAUCUGCAUCGGACGCGGUGCGAGGGGUGGGGAAGCAGAUUUGUCGAUGUUAGGGUGCUUGGGUGUAUUGUCGGAUAUGUGUGUGACUGUGUGUGCUGGGAGGUACGAAGUGGGCAGAUGAACACAUCCCCCGGCAUUCCUUGUCAGUGAACAUCUGGCCAUUUGUUGUCAGUGAACAUCCUGACAUUCGUUGUGGUUGAACACCCGGGAACGGCGCGGCAGUCGCGACAGAAUUUCUCUCCACUCUCCGUAACUUGUUGCGAUGGAUAGCUGGGGGAGAAUGGCAGGCGUGCAGUGCGAUGCCCCCACUUUUUAAUUUUGCAAGUUCGGGCAUAGAGAUGUAAUCAUCGUGUAUACUGCAGAAUCAAAAGUGCAAAAAUAAAAGAAUUUGUUUUCGGAG